AUGGACGCUGCGCAAGCGGGUAUUGAGAAAGUCAAAGAAGCUUUUCAUGGUCAAAAGGCUGAGGCAAAAACUGCAAAAGCCAAUGAUCCAAAUGUUAAACCGUCGGAACGUAUGGAUGCUGCAUUUGAAGCUGAAAAGCAUAAACAAAAAGAAGCUGAACAUGCCUGUAAAGCGGAUUGCAAAGCAAACGAUCAUAAACAUGAUCAUUAA